AACCCUGAUGAAGUGGCUUCUUGCAGCAGCAGCAGCGUUCGCUCGUCUCUGAUCACGUGGAGAGCGGGCGGGCGCGCGUUAGCGGCACAUCGCGCUGGAUGAGCAAUUGGUAGAUUUGUCGAGGGCCCAGAGCGAGGAAGUUGUUUCUUGCGAGACAGAGCAGAGCAGAGCAGAGAAGAGCAGAGGAGGAGGAGGAGGAGAGGCGAGGCGAGGCGAGGCCUUAGAGUGGAGACAGAGGGAGAGGAAGCGCGAUCUCUCGUGGUUUGUCGAGUAUGGGCUUUAGUUGUUGUUGUUAUUGUUGUUGUUGUUGCAGUUGACGAGGAGGAGGAGGAGGAGGAGGUUUGGGUUUGAUGGUAGAUUCGUGGAAUCUGGUGGUGGAGUGCAGGCGUCGCGUCCUGAGUUUCGGUUGUAAUCAUUAGUGCUCGAAAGCUCUUGCCGGGUCUGGGUGUUGCUUUCCGUGAUAGGAGGAGGGAGAGAGCGAGCGAGAGAGCGAGCGGGAGGUGGAAAUAGUCGAGGGCUAAUUGCGAGCCUGUCGUGGGGCAUGGUGAUGGCCGCACGUACAUGAAGAAGAGGAGUAGGAGCAGCUGUAGGAGCAUUUGGACGAGUGGAGCAGAGCUCAGGCAGGCAGGUGGGCGAGCGGGCGGGCGGCUGAUGUUGUUGAUUCGGAGUUUGUGUUUGCAGUGACGUGGUGGUGGUUGUGGCUGUGUGGUUGUAUCGGGUGGAGUUUCCGUCCUGUGAUUCAAUUCAUCGCAGGAAGUGUGGGGUGAGGAGUUCGAAAGGGCAAGAUGGUUUUCUGGGAGGAUUAUGGGAUUUCCGAUGAGAUGAUGGGUACCUUCGCUCCCAUUGCUAUGUACUGGAUUUAUGGAGGGAUUUAUCACAUGCUGCCGAGUCUGGACCACUAUCGCAUGCAUAGUCGUAAGGAGGAGGAACAGAAGAAUCAAGUACCGAUGGCCACAGUAAUCAAGGGCGUUUUGCUGCAGCAGUUCUGUCAAGCCGUUGUGGCCCUCACCAUGUUUUCGCUAACGUCGCAACCAGAUGUGCAAGUUGUCCAGCAGCCUUUGCUGGUGCAAAUCGGUCAAGUGAUAGUGGCGAUGUUGGUGAUGGAUACGUGGCAGUACUUUGUGCACCGGUAUAUGCACAUCAACAAGUUUCUGUAUCGACACAUUCAUUCCCAACAUCAUCGACUGGUUGUUCCCUAUGCUUUCGGGGCAUUGUUCAAUCACCCUCUGGAGGGCCUUUUGCUGGACACUGUCGGUGGUGCCUUCUCUUUCCUGUUGUCAGGAAUGACGCCACGGACAUCAAUUUAUUUCUUCACUUUUGCGACAAUGAAAACUGUGGAUGACCAUUGCGGUUUGUGGUUGCCUGGCAACCCAUUUCAUCUCUUAUUUCAGAACAACACUGCCUACCAUGAUGUCCACCAUCAGCUGCACGGAACGAAGUACAACUUUUCUCAGCCGUUUUUUAACAUUUGGGACAAAGUGUUGGGGACACAUAUGCCUUUCGCGUUGGAGAAGCGGGCUGACGGUGGUUAUGAAGCCAAACCAAUCAAGGAUAACUGAUUUCAUCAUAUUUUUCCUACUUUCCUUCUCCUUGACAACUUAGAGAGAUUUUUCAAAUGAUUGUCAUAUAUCGGUCAUGAGCUAUUGGUCAUUUCGUUCGUAUCUUGAAGCUGUGUUGCCAAUUGCCAUUUCGAGUUUGCGGCUCGACAAGCUGCUUUAGUCAGCUCCGAGGCCUCAGAAUUUCAGCCGUGCUCUCUCGAACUGAGCACGGACGGUUGCACUACGUAUAAAACUCCUCACGAGCAGGGACUGACACUUUUUAUAAGCAGUCUCCAAUGUAGUGCUCAGAGAUGUAGGAGUAGGAUAACUGUGCAGUACUUAGAUGUAUCAGUGGAAAAUUUGUCCCGUGUACAGCGGCCUUUGUACAGGACGCUUGAAAUUACAGUUGGAUCCCGGUCGGGUAGUUCCUGUGCAGAUUAUAGAUUUGACACCCUGCUGCUUGUCCAAUGGAGCCUCGCACGGCAGUCUAAUCAUGAAGCUUUGUAUACUUACAGUUUCUCGGGUACUUUUACUGUUAAAUUGAUGUUUGGAAGAUACACUUGGCUUCAAAAGUCAUACUUAAUGCUUUCAAAUGUUUAGAUUC